AGCGCAUGCGCACUGACCGCCCAGGGCCUCCGUGAGCCAGUCGGAGCGGAUUGAACGGCGAGGCUCGGGCCCGCAGCGGGAUGGCGCUCAGGCGGAUCCAGAAGGAAUACCAGGACUUGGAGCGUGACCCUCCAGCACUGUGUUCAGCAGGUCCAGUAGGAGAUGACUAUUUUCAUUGGCAAGCUACUAUCAUGGGGCCAAGUGACAGCCCUUACCAAGGUGGUGUUUUCUUUCUGAAUAUCCAUUUCCCAUCAGAUUAUCCUUUCAAACCACCUAAGGUUUCGUUUACAACGAAGAUCUACCAUCCAAACAUUAACAGUAAUGGCAGCAUUUGCCUUGAUAUUCUCCGAUCACAAUGGUCUCCAGCUUUAACACUGUCAAAAGUUCUUCUGUCCAUCUGUUCGCUGUUGUGUGACCCAAACCCUGAUGAUCCUUUGGUACCGGAGAUUGCACACACCUACAAAUCUGACAGGGAGAAGUACAACAAACUGGCCAGAGAUUGGACAAACAAAUAUGCAAUGUAACCUUGACAGACAAGAAAUAGUAACUCCUUUACAUAAUCUGGAAUGCAAAAAUAAAAGCUGGCUGCAGUUUUAUGGAAUCCCACGUGCCAUUCACAAUGAAUUUUAUACUUGGUGAUUGGUGAGGAGCUCUCUGUCUGAACGCUGAUGUGCUCUAGCCUUGGCUCGAGCAGUUGGCCUGCCAUAUAUGGAUGUGUAUUUUGAAAUAUACAUAUAUAUUUCCUUUUAUAUCACUAGUUUCUGUGACCACAGUCCAGUUGUUCGCUGGUCCCCCAGCAUUUUACCAGUCACAGACAGAAGUUAGGGAGGAGCAACUCCCUAACGGUUUAUUUUUUGGAAAUGUGAAGCUUGUUUUCCUGCUCUAUUUAUGCUGUCUGCACUGCAUCCUGUUGAGUGCGUGUUUUUUUAAUAUAUAGAUUAUAUAAGUGUGUCUGUAUAUACAUAUAGAAAUCACAGAGCCUCUUAAGCACGGUUUUAGUGAAUUGUGCAAUUUGUACCCGCGUCAACACAGUUGCUCCACACCUGCUGAACUUUGCCAGGACCAAAUGCUCCUUUGCAGAUAUUAACUGGUGUGUGGCUGCUGUUUACUUAUGAUGCAAUUUGCUUUGUAUCCCCACCCUUCGACUCUUUGGACGCUGCUCCCUUGUCCUAAGGUUUAGGGGGCUCUGCUGGUGCGGAUGCCCUGACUGGCACUCUGGUGGUUUGUUUGUUGCCUUGUUCCAUGCACUCCUGUUCACCUUUGAGUGCGUGCCAUGGGAUGGUGAUUGCACUGCGUCCUCCAUGAAGUCCUUGUGGAACGAGCUGGGAACGUGCCAGAAAUGGAAUCUUCCUUAGCUCUCAUCUUCUGCCUCAGUGAUCAGAGAAUUAUUAGGGAACCACAGUAUGCAUUGAGUUAACUCCACCCUGCUUCCAAACCAUUGUUACACCAGAUACUCUGCACCCUUGCAGUAAUAUACCCAGCUAGCACUGCAAACCUUUUUUGUUUUCUCGCUUCUGCCUGGACUGAGUGUCCUUAGUAUAUUCAAAACAGAGCCCUUGCAAUCAAUUGACAUUGUGGCAUUUGAUUCCAUUACCUGGGUUAGACUGUAAUCUAGAUCUGUGAUUAUAGAUUAAUGAAUGCUGGCAGGCUGAUCGACAAAAGGUGCCAUUGAUUUUGCAACAGUAGUCGGGGUACAAUCAAAGGCUCAGUUUUUCAUUGAACUAAUCCCAGGAAUACUGAGGUUGAUCACAACUAUUGUUCAUCCAGCUGAGUCUUGGCUUAACUCAACAGACAAGAAAGCAAAGAUAAAAAGAAAACUCCCCCUGUACCGGGAUGUUCCUGGUCUGUGUGUUUCAGUGUCCCACUGUUCAUUCAAUGAACUCUGGGGGCCACUGUGAAACUUGCACACACUUUUAUAAACCUGCCUCCAGGAGGAUGUCUGCAAUUUCUCCCUUUCAGUUAAACUAACUUUUGAGGUUCAGAUUUCGGGCCAAGCAAGAGAUCAGUGGCAAAUCCAGCCAUGCUUGAUUCGGCAAUAAUUUGAAUUGAGGACUUUAAAUUGUCCCACUGUGUUUCAAAACAACAGCGAUGCUCCUGGUAUCUCUGGCCAUGAGCCCUGAAGAAGGAUAACCCAGGCUGGGUAGAUGCUUGUGACUGAGCUGGCUGGUGUCCAGCUCUGGGUAGUCAGUAAUCCUACUUAAGCCCUAUCUGGAAGGGCAUCUACUUGUUUAAAUAAAGAGACAGGAUGCAGAGAGUCCCUUUCCACAUGCACAGAAAAGGUAGCAGGUUCAUAUAUGAAUGGCACUGAAUGGAAUCUGUGCCUACUGCACUUUACCCAGUGCACGGUGGCGUCGCUCGAUCCGAUGCAGGAUUCGAGAACGUUUGUACGCUCCUUUAUGAACUAUAUUCUUUGAAAAUGAGUGAAAAACCAGAAUUGAGAAUUGGAAAGAUCAAAUGUUUAUGAUUUUUAAGUUUAAGAAGAAUGAUGGGGUUUAACUCAGCUUUCACUGAAAGAUCUAGCCUCUUUUGUUGGUACCAUGUAGUGUUUUUGUCUUUUUUAAUGGUUUGUUUGAAUAUGCAAAGUCCUUUCCUAUGCUAUGUGAAUAAAUUGGUGGCUGGUUUCUGCUGUAA